AUGCUGGACUCGAGGAAGAACCAGGACUGCAUUUUCUACAUCCAGGGCACCUGCAACAAGGGUGCCCUGUGUCCAUUCCGACACGACCAGAGCAAGGUCCAGCAGCACAGGGCGCAGCAGGCACAGCAGGACUGCAUCUUCUUCUUGCAGGGCUGGUGCAGCAAGGGGUCCCUGUGCCCCUUUCGCCAUGACCAGGCAUGCCGAGGUGUCGGUGGUGGUGUGUCGGCAGGGUCUUACACCACCAUGCAUUCUGUUGUGAUGGCACCCAAGUCCCGCGCCGGCCACGCCUCUCAUUCUUCAGUGAGACCCUUGGCGGCAGACCGCCCCAGUCAGUGCCAUAAUUUCCACCCCUCGAUUCCCUGCAGGCAAAGGCUGAUGCGCUGA